AUGCAUGUGGAAUCUUCAAACAAAACAUUUAUUUCAGAAUUCUUUCUCAUGGGACUAGCGUAUGUCCCUGAACUGCAGCCCCUCAUCUUCAACCUGUUCCUGUUCAUGUACCUCGUCACCAUCAUGGGAAACCUACUCAUUAUCCUGGCUGUAAGCAUAGACUCCCAUCUCCACACCCCCAUGUACUUCUUCCUGUGCAACCUGUCUCUCACUGAUAUCUGUACAAGCACAACCACAGUCCCAAAGUUGCUGUUGAACAUCCAAGCACAUGACCAGAGCAUCACUUACAUAGGCUGCCUGGCCCAGGUGUAUUUUAUCUUGACAUUUUGUGUUUUAGAAAGUUGUCUCCUCACUGUGAUGGCUUAUGACCGCUAUGUGGCCAUUUGUCAACCUCUAAGAUACACAAGCAUUAUGAACCCUUUCCUAUGUAUCUUACUAGUAUUAUUUUCCCUAUUCAUCAGCAAUAUAAAUGCAGUGCUCCACACUCUUCUGCUGCUGCCACUAUCCUUUUGUACAGAACAGGAUAUUCCCAACUUCUUCUGUGAACUUGGUCAGGUCACUAAGCUUGCCUGCUCUGACACAUUUAUCAAUAUUAUCAUUAUUUAUAUGGCAACCAUUGUAUUUUCAGUUAUCCCUCUAUCUGGGAUUAUUUUCUCUUAUAUUCAAAUUGUGUCCUCUAUUCUGAAGAUCCCAUCAGUUGGUGGAAGACAUAAAGCUUUUUCCACCUGUGGGUCUCAUCUUUCAGUGGUGUCUUUAUUCUAUGGGACUGGCUUAGGUGUGUACAUGAGUUCUUCGAUUUCUAACUCUUCCAGCAGCAAUGUAAUAACAUCCAUGAUGUACAGUGUGGUCCCUCAAAUGCUGAAUCCUUUCAUCUACAGUUUGAGGAGCAAAGAAAUCAAGGGAGCCUUGAGGCAUCUCAUCAUUAGGAUCAUUUAUUUUCUGUAA